AUGGCAUCCAUUACUCCACAGCUCGAAUCCCUUCAACAAGCCAUCAAACAGACUGCGCCCGACUCGAUUAUACAGCUAGUGAAUAAAGCGAAGAAACAGGCAGAGCAAACUUCCACAGAGCUUCUCUCGCAAGGUCCCUUGAUCAUUACCUUUUAUCGCGGCGAGUGGUGCCCAUUCUGCAACAUUGCCCUAGUCGGCCUGCAACGAUAUUAUGACGAGUUAAAAGUGAAAGGCGCAAGCCUGGUCGCAAUCACCCCGGAGCUUCCCAAUAGCUCUUUGUCUAUGAUCGAAAAGCACGACCUCAAGUUCCCUGUUUUGACAGAUUCGCACAACGAAUACGCUCGCAAGCUCGGAAUUGUUUGGAAGCAGCCGGAGAGCCUAAGACCGGUUUAUGAGGCCCUGGGUCAUGACUUACAACAACGAAACGCUGACAAGUCAUUCAAAGUCCCCAUCCCAGCUACUCUGCUGGUGGAUAAGGAUGGUAUUGUGAGGAAUAUGUAUCUGAAUGUGGACUACUUCAAGCGUGUGGAGCCAAAGGCUGUGUUGGAAUGGAUCGAGGCCCUGUAG